UGAAGUUUCGAAGAAUGGCAGCGAGAUUUCGAGACAGCCGUUGGACGAAGCAGCCACCGCCGCCCGCCAAUCGCUCAGUCGCCCACAUCCAGGCUUGUGUCGGUGUGAAGGGUAGUGGUGAAAGAGUGUACUGGAGUCGUCCCUGUUUGUUUCUCCUGGAUUUUAUACGCGAGUCCCAGAUAUAUUGUGUCUUUUGUUUGUUUGAUUACUUUUUGUUUGUAACGUGUUUGGUGUACAUAUUAAGAGACCGCAGAGAACAGGACAACAAGGAGUCUAGGAGCAGUGCAUCAAGUGCUUUAGAGUGGAUUGAGUGGAACCACAUCCAGUUCCCUGCAUACCUAGUUACCUUACUGUGUCAUGACAUCUGAAGGCCCCUACACCUGCCUUCUCCCUGGACAGCCACUUGGUGCUUCCUGGGCUGAUACCUACCAUCUCUCCCACCCUCAGAGGAUGAUCCCUGCAAACUAGUAGGCCAGUGUAUCCCUCUCCAUCCACCACAAUCCUCAUAUCACUGCCAUACAGAUAAGCUAUUUCCUUCUCCCAGCUAUGAUAGUUGCGUAGGUCCCAUUUUUUGGUCAUCACUCAGAGCAUGUAGAAAUAGAUGCUUCUUACUAUAAGUAUUUAUCCUCAUGUUUGUCCUGCUUCCCCAUCCAUCUUAUAUUAUAGACUGUAUAUUUCCCACUUUGAUAACCUUAAUUCUGUUUUCUUUACAGUAAAAACCUACUUCCAACUUCCUCAGCAGCACAGUUACGUAUUUAUUGACGUACUAACUCACUCUCGCUAUCUCGUCUUGCUAUAAAUCAGUUGCACUUUGCAUUCCACUUUCAGUUUUGUUUAUUUUUAUUUCUAUUUCACUCUUCAGAUUUGUUUAAUGAACAUGUCAUAACUCAAGCACCAGUAAAAUUAAGUAGAUACCAACGAAACUUGACAUCUUGACAAGAUAUGGAUAAGAAAACAGGAAUGUUAACUUGUAACAUAUAUUUCAUAUAACAACUUUGAAAAAAGGGCAAAAACAAAACUCCAUUCCAUUAGUGCCAAGUUGUUGGCCACCAACCUGCAGUGGUACAACAGAACACUUGUCUGUCAAUGAAUGAUAACUGGUUUCAUAUGUAAAAAAAAAAAAAUUUCACUAUGAA